AUGACGUUUGUGACCAAGACGGAUAGUGCUAUUGACGAGCUGACAUCAUCAGUAGGAAUGUUAUCAUCUACUGUUAGUAACGUGAAAUCAACAACUUCGGAAUAUUGCUUCAAUUUAGAUAUUGGAAAGAUGCCUUGGAACAAAUGCCCUCAUAUGAAACUGGGACCAGGCGAAGUGCAGCCAGUGAGUGUAAACCUUCAACUUGAUGAUAGCUCCAUGAAGUAUCCGUAUGCGGUGAUCGAAGACACACUGAUUAAAGUAAACAAGUUUUAUUACCUAUUUGAUUUUGUGGUUAUGGACAUGGAUAAAGACAAAGAGAUACCCCUGAUCCAUGGUCGACCAUUCCUAGCCACUAGGGGAGCGUUAGUUGAUGUGAAAGAAGUUAAUCUGACACUCAUAGUGGGAAAUAAAGAUGUUGUGUUUAAUGUGUCAAGAGCAGCAACACAUAGGCUGGAAUAA